UCGAGCUCUGCAUGCACGGUGAUCCUCUGUAAAAUUAUACCAGAUGUAUAUAUUAGCAAUAUUUUAUUUUCAGUUUCGUAAAGGAAGUAGAAGAGAUUCUGCAGUACAUGUGUCUGGUAGAGAUCUUGGGUUGUACUAGUCUCGUUUGUCUUGUUUUGUAUUACGUUAUCAUGGAGUGGGAAAAUAGUGAUACGACUGGAUUAAUUACAUAUUUCAUUUUUCUCCUAUCUUUCGCUUUUAACAUGUUUAUUUUUUGUUACAUCGGCGAGCUUCUUUCGGAACAGGGUGCGAAAGUCGGAGUAACUUCUUGUACUCUUGAAUGGAAUCGUCUUCCGACGAAAAGCGCUCAAAGCCUAAUAUUGAUAAUAUUAGCGUCGAAUCAUCCGAUAAAAAUCGUAGCCGGUAAAUUGAUGCACAUGUCACUCAGAAAUUUUAAUGGCGUAAGUACAUUGAUAAACGCAACAUGGUUUUCGAUAUUCUCGUAA